UCCGUAGCGGGAACUGUCACCGUAAUUCGGACUACAUUUCCCAGUAGGAGCUGUAGACAGAACUACACGAGCCAACAUGGCGGGCAUCGGAAAUUUCCUGAGAAACGCCUGGAAUAAGGAGCCCGUGGUGACCGCAGCCUGUGGCCUCGGCAUCGCUGCACUGAUUCUGCCGCUGGUCAGCCCCUACACCAAAUACACGAUCAUGUUAAACAAAGCCACGCCAUACAACUACCCAGUUCCUGUACGAGAUGAUGGAAACAUGCCCGACGUCCCCGCUCACCCGUGUGACCCACAGGGCAGAAACUUGGACUGGCUGAAAAACAUGUAAUAAUUCAUCCGGAAACCCUGAACCUGUACAGAUCUCCUCUUCCCAAUCAGAGCAUGUCAAUAAAUAACCUUUAUUUAA